AUGCCGCCGUCUCAGCUAAAGCGGCUCAAGGCCUCUCUCCGCGAACAAGGCAUUACCGGCCCGCAAAAGUCGAAGAAGCAGAAGAAGUCGCAAUCCAAGAACGCCGACCACCACGAACGAAAAGCCUCUGCGCUCGCUUCGAUUCGCGAAUCCUUCAAUCCCUUCGAGUUCAAGCAUCUUGCGCGCCCUCACAAACACGAGUAUGUCUCUGCGCAGGCCGAAAAUGCUCCCAAGAAGAUCCUCGGUAGGCCCGGUGUUACCAAGAGCGCAGGCGAGGAGGCACGUAGGAAGUCGCUGCUUCCGGAGAUGCACCGCAAGAACAAGGUCGGAGGCAUCCUGGAUAGGCGGAUAGGUGAAGAUGACCCGACGAUGAGCUUAGAGGACCGUGAGAUGGCGCGUUUUGAGAGGGAACAACAGCGCAAGAGGGGUGGCAAUGUGUUCGACCUUGAGGACGAUGCCGAUGAGGUUGAGCUUACUCAUGGUGGACAAUCUCUGCGUUUUGACGACGAGAUUGGAGAGGAAGACUACGACGCGGCCAGUAUUGCUGGGUCAAGCGACGGCGAAGAUGGCUUCUUGAAGAAGAAGAGGCGGAGAGACGACGAAGAUGGCGAUGUGGAUGGCGACGCGGCUGCAGACGAGCCAGAGAGGAAGAAGAGCAAAGCAGAGGUCAUGAAGGAAGUCGUGGCCAAGUCAAAGCAGCACAAAUACGAGCGUCAAGCACAAAAAGAGGACGACGAUGAGUUACGGGAUGAGCUCGACAAGGACCUCAACGACGUACUGGCCGCUCUACGAGGACACAUUAACAAGAAGCCCGAGCCUGAGAAGCCCAAGGACUCCCAGGUCAACGAGUUUGGCAUGAACGCCGACCGCGCUGCGCUUCUAGCUGGAGCCACACAGCAAGACAAGGAUAGAGAGUACGAUACACGCGUGCGCCAACUCAUGCAAGAUUCUCGAGCGAAGCCGACGGAACGGACAAAGACGGAAGACGAGAAGGCUAGGGAAGAGGCUAAUCGCUUGAAGGAACUCGAGCAAAAACGAAUGAAGAGAAUGCGCGGAGAGCCCGUCAGCGACGACGAAGAGCCGCGCAAGAACGACGUUGAGGAGCAAGACGAAGAUGAAGACGAAGACUACGAUAGCAUGCCAGAUGAUGCUGCCGAGUUCGGUCUGAAAGCACCAGGCCAGCUGAGACCCGAGGGCGUUGAAGAUGAGGACGACUUCAUCAUGGACGACGACCUCGUUGCUACCGACUCAGAAGCAGACAUGUCUGACGAUGAGUCUGACGCUGGUUCUGCGAUUGACGACACAAUGGCCAUGGAUGAAGAGGACGCAGACUUCUUGAAGCACGUCAUGCCGGAGCGGAAAGAGCAGCCCAAGGCUGUCAAUGGCGUGCUCACCCUCGGUAUCGAGCCUUCGUCGAAGCUGGCGUUUACGUAUAAAUGCCCGCGGUCUCACGAAGAGCUAUUGAGUGUAUUCAAGGAUGUUGCACCCAACGAUACCUCCACUGCCAUCCAGAGGAUACGUGCGCUCUACCACGCUGGAUUACACUCCGACAACAAGCACAAGCUUGCCGACUUCGCAUGUGCACUCAUCGAUCACAUCUUCUACCUAUCGAAUCAGACACCGGCUGCAUCGUUAGCUGUGGUCGAAGCGAUCAUCCGUCAUGUUCAUUCCAUGUCGCGGUCAUACCCAGUUCAGAUUGCCACCAAAUUCCGAGAACACUUGAAGCAGCUUCAGGUAUCGAAUGAUCCAACUCCAGGUGAUCUGGCUCUACUUUCCGCUAUCGGAUCCAUCUUCCCUACCUCCGAUCACUUCCACCAAGUUGUCACUCCCGCCAUCACACUCAUGGCACGUUGGAUGGGACUUACUUCACCUACUUCUACUAAAGACGUCGCUACCGGCGCUCUCAUUGGUGCGCUAUGUCUGCAAUACCAAAGACUAUCGAAGAGAUAUAUCCCUGAGUUCAUACGCUAUACCGCACUCUCGCUGAAAUCAGAGCACGCCACGCCUGCUCUCUUGGCAGCUCACAGCAAGAACGUCAUUACAGCUGCCGAACUCUGGAGUGCCUCAUCCGCGUUCAUCGAGAUUUUCACCCCUCUGCUUACACCCCUCAAAUCCGCAAACCAGACGUCCACCUACCAAAACCUCCGCGCUCGCCUAUCUCUUGCGCGCUCCAAACGGCGACCUCUUCUCCUCCACCACCACCGCCCCCUGCCCAUCAAGUCCAGCAUUCCCAAAUUCGAAGAAUCCUUCGAUCCCAACCGCCACUACGACCCCGACAAGGAGCGCUCGGAAGCCAAGAAGCUGCAGAAGGAAUACAAGCGCGAGAAGAAGGGUGCGCUUAGGGAGUUGCGCAAGGAUGCCAACUUCAUUGCGAGAGAGACGCUCAAGGAGAAGAAGGAGAAGGAUAAGGCGUAUGAGACCAAGUACAGGAGGCUUGUGGCAGAGAUCCAGGGUGAAGAAGGGAGGGAGAAGAAUGCUUAUGAUCGGGCGAAGAAGGCUAGGAAGAGAGGUUAG